CGUCGCCGCCGUCGUUUCCGCCGCCGGCUGGCCGGGCAAGAUGCCGGGGGCCGUGAUCGUGCACCACCACAACAGGUACAAGACGUACCCCGGCGAUGUCACCGGCUUCGUCUUCUACUCCUGCCUCGUCGCCUCCGUCGGCGGCUGCAUCUUCGGCUACGACAUCGGCAUGGCCGCCAGUUUGACGUCGACGGAGUCGUUCCUGCUCUUGUUCUUCCCGGACAUCUACCAGCAGCAGAAGGAUCAGGUGAUCACGAACCAGUACUGCAAGUUCGACAGCCAGGAGCUGUCCCUCUUCGGCUCCUCCCUCUUCCUGUCCGCGGCGACGGCGUCCCUCUUCGCGAGCCCCAUGGCCCGCGCCUUCGGCAGAAAGUGGACGCUCUUCUACGCCGCCGUCGCCUACAUCACCGGCGCCUGCAUGGGCGGCAUUGCCACCACCUUCGCCGUGCUCAUCACCGGCCGCUUGCUCCUCGGCGUCGGGGUCGGCCUCUGCAUCCACGCCUCGCCUCUCUACCUCUCGGAGAUGGCGCCGGCGCAGCAACGCGGGAUGCUCAACAUCCUCUUCCAGCUGAUGAUCACCAUCGGGAUCCUGUCGGCGAGCCUGACCAACUACUGGACGUCCAGGUUCCUCGGCGGGUGGGGCUGGCGGGUCGGGUUGGCGAUGGGCGCCGUCCCGGGGUCCGUCAUCGCGCUGGGCUCCCUGGCCAUCCCAGACACCCCCAUCUCCCUGCUGUCGCGGGGCGAGACCGAGCUCGCCCGCGCGACGCUGUCCCAGAUCAGGGGCAUCGGCCCCGACGACGUGCGGCAGGAGUUCGACGACCUCGCCGCCGCGUGCGAGGAGAGCAAGGCGGUGGCGAACCCGUGGUGGGAGCUGCUCUUCACCGGCAAGUACAAGCCGCAGCUGACGUUCGCGCUGGGGGUGCCCUUCUUCCAGCAGCUGACGGGCAUCAACGUGAUCAUGUUCUACGCGCCGGUGCUGUUCAAGACGGUGGGGUUCCGGAACGACGCGUCGCUCAUGUCGUCCGUCAUCACGGGGCUGGUGAACGUGUUCUCCACCUUCGUGGCCGUGGUGACCGCGGACAAGGUGGGGCGGCGGGCGCUGUUCCUGCAGGGCGGGACGCAGAUGAUCAUCUCGCAGAUCCUGGUGGGCACCUUCAUCGGGCUCCAGUUCGGGCUGAGCGGGACGGGGGCCAUCUCGGAGCAGUACGCCAUGUGCAUCGUGCUGUUCGUGUGCGUGUACGUGGCCGGCUUCGCGUGGUCAUGGGGGCCCAUGGGGUGGCUCAUCCCCAGCGAGGUGUACCCGCUGGCGGUGCGGUCGCAGGCGCAGAGCAUCACGGUGGCCGUCAACAUGUGCUUCACGGCCUUCAUCGGCCAGGUGUUCCUCACGCUGCUGUGCCACCUGAGGUUCGGCCUCUUCUACUUCUUCGGCGCAUGGCUGCUGCUCAUGACCAUCCUCAUCGCCGUGCUGCUGCCGGAGACCAAGUGCGUGCCGCUCGAGGAGGUGUCGCACGUCUUCAGGAAGCACUGGUUCUGGAGGAAGUACGUCAUCGACACCAGCGCCGACGCGCGCGGGGCCGAGAUGAGGAAGAGGAUAGCGCUAGAGAUGAGCUGAUCCACGUCCGUCUGGAGACGGAGGUAUACAUCGGUAGGCAGAUCAGAAUCAGAUCGGUGCAGCAGGCUGAUUCGUCGACGUAGCUAGCCAAUGGACUCAUGGCACGCUUGAUGAUUACCCAGCUGACAAGACGCACAUAGCUAGAUCGAGUGCAGAAAUUGAUUACGCAUGCUCAUCUCGGCCGACCAGCAAGCUAAAUUAGUUGAUGUUGAUCCUGGUGUUGUAGAA